AUGGCAGCAGCGGAAGAGCGAGCAUCCCAAACUCCGCUGGCGCCGAGCGUGGAGAAGGCGUACUACCGCAAAUGCAUCCAACUCAAGCGCCGCGUCAACGAAGUCGAAGCCGCCAACGACGAAGCAAAACUCAAACGCAUCCGCCUCGACCGCGCCAUCAUGAAAAUGCGCCUCGAACGCGCCUUCCUCCUCGACGAACUCCGCAAGCGCAUGGACGUCAACAUUGACCAGUCCGAGGGCAGCGGCGACGAGACGAUGAACACACCCCCACCAGACCGACCACACCGCGAUAAGAGACGCCGGCCACAGAGUAUUCAGCCUACCCCGGGAAUGGCGCAUGGACACCCACCUGUCAACACAUUCCAUGCCUCAGAGUACACACCGCAAGCACAGCGAUCGGCUUCGAAUUCGAAUGCGGGUAAUACGAUACAAAUGGUGCCUGGGCCGGAGGGGGUUAUGGUGCCAGUGCAUACUCUGCAGCAUGAGAGUGGCUACUACGAUCGUCCAGCGGGUCCGUCAGCGGCGGCGAUGUCUCAUGGGAGUCCGUACGGGCCGCCGCCGACAGGUCUGCCGAGUAGUGCGAAUGGACAUGAGAAUGGGAACGGUGAGGUGAAAGGGGAAGGUUCUGGGGGUGGUGGUGGUUUCGCGGCGAUUGAUAAUUGA